AUGGCAACUGCUCAGAAGCAAAGGAAUUGUGUGAGUGCAGUUGUAUUUCCUAACAAAAUAUCUACUGAACAGCAAUCCCUGAUGCUAGUGAAGAGGCUCCUGGCAGUAGCAGUAUCCUGCAUUACAUAUCUGAGAGGAAUAUUCCCUGAAAGUGCCUAUGGAACAAGAUACAUGGAUGAUGUCUGUGUCAAAAUUCUGAGGGAAGACAAAAACUGUCCUGGCUCUACUCAGCUGGUGAAAUGGAUGUUAGGAUGCUAUGAUGCCUUGCAGAAGAAAUACCUAAGAAUGAUUGUCCUAGCAGUCUAUACCCAUCCAGAAGAUCCUCAGACAAUUACAGAAUGUUACCACUUCAAAUUCAAGUACACCCACAAUGGGCCACUCCUGGAUUUCAGCAGUAACAAUAAAAGGAAUGAUUCCACAAUCACCUGUGCAGACACCAAGAAAGCAAGUAUCCUCCUCAUUCGCAAGAUUUAUGUUCUGAUGCAAAACCUGAGUCCAUUGCCAAAUGAUGUUUGCCUGACUAUGAAGCUGUUUUAUUAUGAUGAAGUUACACCGUCUGAUUACCAACCUCCUGGUUUUAAGGAGGGUGAAUGUGAGGGGAUGAUAUUUGAGGGGGAGCCUAUGUGUCUUAAUGUGGGUGAAGUGCCAACGCCUUUUCAUAUGCUGAAAGUUAAAGUUACAACUGAAAAACAACGAAUGGAAAAUGUUGAUAAAAGCAUCCUAAAGCACAGAGAGACUAAUCUGCCUCUCCAAGUGCUCAGAGUGGACAGAGAUGAUCCAGAAGACGACAACCAGGACAUGAAUGAAGGUCCUGUCUUGGAUAAUAAAGUGGAAGAUAGGAAUAAUGUAAAUAUUUCAGAAGCUCAAGAACCAAAUUUAAGUUAUGAGGAGGAUGAAGUUACGAAGUCUGGAGGGAACCAGAAUCAGCAUGUUUCUAAUCCUCAGGUGGAUCAUUUGGCAAGUAAGACAUCUGAACUUAAUGUGUCAGAGAGCAGGACAAGAAGUGGAAAGAUAUUUCAAACCAGCACU